AUGACAGAACUCAAGCCCUUCCCAGCCUCCUCGUCGACAUCCUAUCACCCCGCUCCCCCUCCGCCAUAUACCGACCUACCCAACCCAUCUCUAACCCCCCACCGAGAGCCCAGCCAUUUAGCGCUCGUCGCACGCACACGUCCCCGACACCGAAUGGGCAAAUCCUACCAGAAUGAACCCAAAGACGUCUUGUUCGACGGCUAUUCCGACGAUCCCAAGGAUGCGCUUAUGGAUUUUGAACCUGUUCUCGCUCAUCCGCUUUCCGCGCCUAUCGACAUACAGGCUUACUGCACAUUGGUAUACCGAUGCAUCCACUUCAAAUCACGCGGUCCUUACUCCGACUUUUACUCGAGCCCCAGGUCGGAAAGUGAGAUUAGAGAGGGCGCCAGAGCUGUGUUAUGGGAGAAGAAGAUGGACAGAGGCUUCUUCCUCGACGAAUUUCCAUGCCCGCCGGGCAAACCCUCGACCACCACCUUAUGGACCUGGUCGGAACCUCGCAAGAGCUUCAUGCCUCGUUUCGCCAAGUCGCCUUCGGACCUCUUGGAAGGCGUCCCGAAGCAAUUUGGUUCUUACCAUUCCAUCCUGAAAACCAACAUCCGCGCUUUCUAUCCCCCCUUCCUCCUACCAAUGUCCUUCGCUGACCUUCUCAAAGUUACCGAAGGGCUUUACGAGUCCUGGACGAGCGUCAUCAUCAGUGCAAAGCGACCGCAGCCUUGGCGGGAUGCGACUAUCCAUCGUCAACAUUAUUGGCAGUUCAAGGACUUGGGUGUUGUCGAUUUAGAAGCUGUGCCAAGGAGUGCUAUGGAUGAGGAUGAUGAUGAUUCAGCAUCGGAUCUGAGUGAUGAUGAUCCCGCUUGGGACACUUGGGAUGAUUAUAAGAGCAAAGCUUCAAGGGGAACGGGAACGGGAACGGGAAUGGGGAGAUGGAAAGACUGGUUUGCGAGGCGCUGA